CACCCACCAGCUCUUGCCCACCACAGCGGCUCACUCCAGCUGAAAACUAAUCAACGGCGCACUCGCGGUCUUACCAGGAGCAUCGGUCUCCACGCACAUAUACGUGUCGUGUGUUUACGCGCGGAGGAUACAUGUCGCCGGAGGCGGGGACGAUGGUGUUCGGGAGGAUGGCGGCACCGUCCAUGGAGGCGGCGGAGCCUAAGACGCUCACCCUCGAGGAGCUCAACUACGCCAGGCAGGCGGCGCUACACGUGCUGAGAACCAUGACGGCGGAGGAGGCCAUCAGGAUCUUCACCGACGGGCUCAAGCCCGUGCUGGGGAGCUCCUCGACCUCCGCGACGACGGACUCGUCGUCGUCGGACGACGACGUCGACCUCGACUCGUCCGAGGAUUAUUCCACCCAGCGCGGCGGCCGGCACGGGCGACGGCGACCCGUCAAGAGAGACAUCGCCACCGCACCCUUCUAGGCAGCCAAGCUAGCUAGCUGAUUACUGUACUUGUUAAUUAAACUGCUAGCUUCAUCAGCUUUAGCUACCUAUUAGCGCGGCCAAAUUUUGGCGUCCUGGCCUAGAGAGGGGCUUCAAGAGACGUGAAAGCUAGCGCAUGUGUAAAUAAAUUCAGGAGCUAGCAUUGUGGCAUUAGAGCUUAAUCUGGCUCAGAAAAUUUCAAGACUUCUUCCGUUUGACGCGCCA